AUGUCUCUCUUCGAAGUUCCAGGAUGGAGCGUAGGUGCUGCGCCUGUUGCCCCGCAAAGCAAGAAGCGCAAGCGCCCCUCUAAAAAGGAGAAGGAGGUCGACGAGGUCGACGAAGCUCAGAUGAUCAAGGCGGCACAGAAAAACAUCGAGAAGCUCAUGCAGUCGCUUGGAACUACCUCAGAUGCGCUGGACGUUGAAGAUGACCCAAAACCGAGCAAGAAGAAGCGCACGGGGAAAGAGAGGAAGGAGACAGAGGCAGCGGCGGAGCCAGAGAGGGGGCGGGGACCAGAGCGCGACGGGAAGAAGAUCAGAGAACAGAAGGCAGAGAGCAAGAGCAAGCAGGUUACGAAGGGGUCCAAGGCAGACGCGUCGGCGGGAGUACCUGAGGAGAAGGCAGCACCGACGCAGAAGAAGCAGAAAGCGAAGCAAAAAGACAAGCAGAAGGCCAAGCACGCCGACCCCACUGCAGUCAACCCAGCAGCGGGUUCGUCCGCAGAAGUUCCCAACCAUCCCGUGUCUCCAAAAUCUCGUGACUCUGAGCAGCCCAAGCCGAAGAAGUCGAGCAAGUCCAGUAAUGCCGAGAAGCCGCAGGGCCUCACGCCGCUGCAGGCAACCAUGAAGAAAAGUCUGGACGGUGCUCGGUUCCGGUUGAUCAACGAAACACUGUACAAGUCGGAUAGCACAAAGGCACACGAACUUAUGCGCUCAGAUCCCGCUGUUUUCGCCGAUUACCACACCGGCUUCCGCCACCAGGUGGAAUCAUGGCCCACGAACCCAGUGUCGCACUACAUCUCGACGCUUUCUUCGUAUCCGAAAAAGACGGUCAUUGCAGAUCUUGGGUGUGGCGACGCUGCCCUCGCACGCGCUCUACUUCCGAAGGGGUUUACAGUUUUGUCGUUCGACCUGGUUUCGGAUAGCGCAUAUGUGAUCGAGGCGGACACAUGCGACCGCGUUCCCUUACCUGGGUCCGAAGGACCACCCGAGGAGUCCGCAGACGACGCUAGCGACGAACAAGUUGGCGAAGGCCAAGUGGUGGACGUCGUUGUCUGUGCCCUCAGUCUCAUGGGGACGAACUGGCCUGGCUGCAUCCGCGAGGCCUGGCGGAUACUGAAAGCUGGCGGUGAGCUCAAGGUCGCUGAGGUCGCUAGUCGGUUCUCCAGCGUGGACGAGUUCACAUCCUUCGUCUGCUCAUUUGGGUUCACGCUCAAGUCCAAGGACGACCGGAACACGCACUUCACGCUUUUUGAGUUCGAGAAGGCAUCCCGUAAGCUGAAGAGCGAGAAAGAGUGGAAGAAGCUGAUGGCACGUGGGGCCAUCCUCAAACCUUGUGAAUACAAGCGGCGGUAGGGGGCUACACUCGUACCCUACAUAGAGUUAUGCGCAAUGUUGAGCCCGUGAUGGUGCUUCUAUCUAGCGUCGUGGUAGCGUGUCCAAU